AUGCGAGCUCUUCUUCUUUUCAUUGUUUUUCUUGGUGUCUCCCAGGCGGUUACUUGUUGGAUUGGAUCAACGAAUGGAGUCUCGCCACCAGAAAAUAGGAGCAGCAUUGAGUGCUCGGGCGAUUGUAAAUACUGCGCGAAAGGCGUUCUCGUUUUGGCGAAUUCGGUUGGAUACGCGACAUGGGGUUGUGGUUGUGGUGGUGGAGUAAACGAUAUUGCUACUGAAUUUGGUGCUACAUGCACAAAAAAAGGCAAAACGGAAAGAAGCACUGGAGCGGAUGGCAAGGAAACGAUGUAUUGCUGCAAAGGGGACAAAUGUAACUCGGCGAAUCAAAAGAUUUCCUUCUACACAAUCAUCACCAUUGCUUUUAUUGCCUUUCUUUCGUUAGCACCGAAUAAAGCACAGAUUUCU